AUGACCAACAACAUGACAGACAACUGCUUUGAAGACUUCAAACAUGUGGACAGAGUGAUGAAAGUUUUGGAGCUGGUCUUCUAUAUUCCUAUUUUUGUCGUCGGUCUGAUUCUCAAUAUUGCAGCGCUGGUGGUGUUCUGCGGCCUUCUGCGAAAAAAGACUGAAUCUACUAUCUACAUGAUAAACUUGGCUUUGAUGGACUUGAUUCUCCUGUUGCCGCUUCCCUUCAAAAUGCAUGCCACUAAUCACAAGUGGCCCGCCAACUUCCACGGACUGUGUUCACUUUUGGAAGGGUUUUAUUUUUAUGGGAUAUAUGGAAGCAUAUACAUCAUUAUGUGUAUAGCUGUAGAUAGAUGGGUGGCUAUCUGUCACCCGUUUAAAGCCAAGCAGCUGCGUUCACCCAAGGUAGCUAUGGCAACUUGUGUGGUCGUGUGGAUGCUGGUGUCUGCAUCAGUCAUUCCAGUGAUCUGGAACUUCAGGGAUAGCAAGAACGGCACAUUUCAUUGUUUCCACGAGUUUUCAAACGAAGGAUGGAAACCUCCGAUCAUCAUCAGUGUGCAGGUGUUUGGGUUCAUUGUGCCUGCACUGGUGGUGGUUUUCUGUUCAGUUCAGAUCAUCUGGACACUUCAGCAGUCUGGCCAGCACAGCCCACAGAGCCGGGCCUGUGUGAAGAUCAUCUACAGCGGGCUGUGCGCAUUCCUGGUGCCUUUCACUCCGAGCCACCUGGCCAUCUUCCUGCAAUUUCUGGUGCAUCAAGGAGCAUUUCAGGACUGUAGCACCAAGGCCAAUCUCAGCCUGUUCAUACAGAUUGCUAUGUGCCUGUCAAACAUCACCUGCUGUCUGGAUGCCAUGUGCUACUACUUUAUUGCCCAUGAAGUGAGGAACACGAGACACAGCUUCAGGAUGUCAAUAAUGAGCCAAAGAAGACCCACCAACAGCACUUCUGAACGGGAGAGAGGCGAGUCAAGUUGAGACAAAAACUGUCCCUAGAGGAUCACUGAUGUUAUAUUAAUAUAACAAAACUAAGGCUAAAGCCUUAUUUUGUAUCAGAGCAGUACAGCUGGAGACAAGUCAAUAGUGGACCCAGUAGCUGAUAAGCACAGUGUCACGCACUAAAAGUAAUUAACCUGCUCGUAAGGAAGCAGGUCAGAGUGUAAUCUAAAUUAACCACACAGCUGAAUGCAAGGCUGUAUGAUCUGAUCCAGCAGCAGGAAGCCAGUAGGCACCUCUCUAACCUCAAAGCGCUCUAAUGCGUUAAAUGAAGGCUGCAAAACAACCCAUGAACUAAAAAGCCACAGUCUGACAUGCUUUAAAAAAUCAUUAAAAGCAUGAAAAGGUCACUCAAACCUGCAAACCAACAAUAAGUGAGAAAGUGACAGGGACAGGCAGCAUGACUCAUUUUAAAGAACUAAAAAUUGAUACUGGCGGGCAGUUCAAAAACGUCUUUGUGAUAUUAUCUAGGACUGAAAUCAAACAUGCACAAAGAGGGCUCUUAUUAGUCAGAAUUCUUAUCAAAGACCAAAUCCACUAUGGUAGAUUAAUUGUUUCAGACUAAACAAAUUUAACAGAUGCAUAAUUAUUUUUUUCAUUCAAAAAAGUUAAAUAACUGUAAUAAUAAGCAUAUUUU